AAUCAGAGAAAAUCUCCACACAGAGGAAGAGAGCGAGACUACAGAGGAGAAGAGGCAUGGGGAGAGUCCUGGCAAUGAUGGUGGCGCUAUCUAUGGUUGUGCUAGUCGUGGCAAAACGUGAGGAGUCUUUCUGGGAAAAACCAGAACCAACCCCAUCUCCCCCUUCCCCACCAGAGGAAGCACCACCCAGCGGCGGUGGAGGUGAUGAUUGUGGUAAAGAUUGCGAAGUGAAGUGUUGGAUCUGGAAACAUGUCCCCAAGCAUUACGCUGUUUGCUUAGACCUUUGUAAGGCACACUGCAAGCAGUUCACCAUCUCUGAUGCCACCUAUAAUUGCACCUUUGCUUGUGCUGACUCAAUGGCGGCCACCAAGUUUCGCUUAGAUAAAGAAGAUUAUGUGGAUGUCUGCUUCAAUAAGUGCAGGAAGAAUGGUAAUUAAUUAACAUGUGCUUGUAAUAAAAUAUAAAUAAGACAAUGAGAUUAGUCUUAUAUGAUUAAUGCAAUUAAAUCAUGCUUCAAAUUAUUUGGAGCAUAUGCUUCGAAUGUUGUCUAAGGCUAUCUAUAUUAUGCAAUAUAUAUGAAAAAAAAAAAAGAAACUUGCCAUCUCGAGGCCAA